AUACAGUCAGCCAUAAAGUCCCUCUGCAAUUCAGGUUCACUCACUUGUUCCUGUUUUAUCCAUCACCCUUUUUCUCUCCCUCUCUCACACAAUCUAACGACAUAGCAGGCAACCAUAACUGACUUCUGUCACUGCAGAAUGUAUAAGUAAGUGAUCUCCAGUAAACCUUCAGAACUGUUCAACAAUUUUGUUGUUUACCGUGAAGGAGGAAGUGUGUCAUGGUUUCUAUGAUGCAACAUUCUCAGGGUAUGUGACGCUAUUUCUUGCAAGUCGAAUAAAGCUAGACAUAUGAUGUCUACAACUGCAAUUGGAUUAACGGCAGGAAAUAGGCUGUUGGGUUCAUCUUGUUAUUACUCUAAUACGAAUGAAAAACUGUCCUGCAGUAGCGAUAUUGGGUUCACACUUGUCUUUACUAAGAAUGUGAUCUCUGCAAAGAAAUCACCUGACUAUGGUAAUAGUCCUAUAUCCAACCCAGUUACGAAUACCAUAAGAGUGCUAAAGGAUCCUUCAAGCUGUACAGAUCAAUGGGUUCAAACCUUUAACCAUUUGGAUAAGAAAGGCUCCAAGGAUGAACUUUCGGUUGAAUCUUUGUUAUUGUUACAAAAGUCUUUGCUCGAGAAGCAAUGGAAAAUUUCAACCGAGAGGAAUUCCACAACAGCUACUCCUAACGAAAAAAUUAACAAAAAAGUACACUUUACUGGUUCACAGAUAUCUGCACGAAGGCGAAGACUAGAUGCUAGGAAGAAAACAACGUAUACUUGUUCUGUUAAGCAAGGUGUUACAAGUAAGCAGUCGAAAUUUACACUUGGUUCAGAGCUCCUUCAAAAUCAAUCUAAAGGUUAUGUUAAAGGUGGGAUAAGUGAGGUAUUGCUCACUCACUCAGAAGUGGUCAUUCUAUCAAACAAAAUCAAGAUUGGUUUACGCUUGGAAGAGCAGAAACUAAGACUGAAGAAAAAACUGGGAACUGAACCUUCAGAGGAGCAACUUGCUACUUCCAUGAGGAUUUCCCGAACUGACUUAAGAACCAAACAAAUUGAAUGCACUUUGGCAAGAGAAAAACUUGCGUUGAGCAAUGUCCGUUUAGUGAUGUCGAUUGCACAAAGAUAUGAUAACAUGGGAGCUCAAAUGGAUGACCUUAUUCAGGGGGGUCUAAUUGGACUACUCCGAGGGAUAGAAAAAUACGAUUCAUCUAGGGGUUACAAGAUUUCUACCUACGUGUAUUGGUGGAUACGACAGGGUGUUUCAAGAGCGUUAAUGGAAAAUUCAAGAAUCCUAAGAUUGCCUACUCAUUUACAUGAAAGACAAAGUGCAAUCCGAAAUGUCAAGAUCAAACUGGAAGAACAAGGAAUAAACCCAUCUAUUGAUAGGAUUGCAGAAAGCCUGAAUAUAUCCAGAAAGAAAGUUACGAACGCGACGCGGGCAAUCACUAAAGUUUUCUCACUUGAUAGGGGAGCUUCCCUUUCUAUAAAUGGUCUUCAUGGACAAAUAUUUUAUAGUGACAUUGCAGAUACUUGCAUGGAGAACAACCCAUGGCAUGGAGUAGAUAAAAAGGCUCUCAAAGAGGAAGUAAACAAGCUCAUCUCCACAACUCUUGGGGAACGGGAGAGAUAUAUCAUCCGUCUUUAUUAUGGUCUUGACAAUGAAUGCCUUAUUUGGGAAGAUAUUGGUAAAAGAAUGGGAUUGUCGAGAGAAGGUGUUAGGAAGAUUGGACUUGUUGCACUAGAGAAACUAAAAAAUGCUGCGAAAAUGACAAAGCUUGAGACAAUGCUGGUAGAACAUUGAUUUAUUUCAGUAGUACUUUUUUGUACAACGCUUAGUAAAAUUUUUGGUUAUUUAUAUACUACACUAAUGUGAAGGCUUGACAAGAGUUCAGCACGCUGUAUAAAGGAACAUACCGCAGAAAACAUCUGCACUUAUCAUUUUGUUUUAAAAGGAUAUAUAUAAAAUUACGAGAGGUUUUUUUGUGUGUGCCA